ACAAGGUGUUCUGCUUCAUCCAUCUGAGUGUUCAGGAGUUUCUGGCUGCUCUUCAUGUCCAUCUGACCUUCAUCAACUUUCGACUCAAUCUGCUCGAUAAACAACAAAAAAUGUCCCUGUGGUCUAAAUUACUUAAUACUCAAAAACUACAAUCUCUCCACCAGAGUGCUGUGGACAAGGCCUUAGAGAGUCCAAAUGGACACCUGGACUUGUUCCUCCGCUUCCUCCUGGGUCUUUCUUUGCAGACCAAUCAGACUCUGCUACGAGGUCUGCUGACACAGACAGGAAGUAGCUCACAGAUCAAUCAGGAAACAGUCCAGUACAUCAAGAAGAAGUUCAGCGACCGUCUGUCUUCAGAGAAAAGCAUCAAUUUGUUCCACUGUCUGAAUGAACUGAAUGAUCGUUCUCUAGUGGAGGAGAUCCAACAGUCCUUGAGAUCAGGAAGUCUCUCCACAGAUAAACUGUCUCCUGCUCAGUGGUCAGCUCUGGUAUUCAUCUUACUGUCAUCAGAAAAAGAUCUGGAUGUGUUUGACCUGAAGAAAUACUCUGCUUCAGAGGAGGCUCUUCUGAGGCUGCUGCCAGUGGUCAAAGCCUCCAACAGAGCUCUGCUGAGUGGCUGUAACCUCUCAGAGAGAAGCUGUGAAGCUUUGUCUUUAGUACUCAGUUCCCCUUCUAGCCUGAGAGCUCUGGACCUGAGUAACAAUAAUGUGGAGGAUUCAGGAGUUGAGCUUCUGUCUGCAAAACUGAAGAGUCCACAUUGUACAGUGGAAACUCUGAGACUGAGUGGCUGUAACCUCUCAGAGAGAAGCUGUGAAGCUCUGUCCUCAGUUCUCAGCUCUCAGUCCUCUAGCCUGAGAGUACUGGACCUGAGUAACAAUGAUCUGAAGGAUUCUAGAGUGAUGUUUCUGUUUGCAGAAUUGCAGAGUCUACAUUGUACAUUGGAAAAUCUGAGGUGAGAUUUUUUAUUUAUUUAUUUUGUUUUAUACCAUUGGACUAAAAGUCAGAAAUCCCAGUUGUACAAAGCACUGUGAAGCUACCAUAAAAAUCUCUUAAUAGGGAUUCUGUUUUAUAUGGUCGCUGUUUGAAAUAUUUCCACACCAAACAU